UUGGCCUCGAUCGUUCAAAUCCCCUGCCCCCUUUUUUGUCCCUUCCAAAUUCAAAUUUCAACGUCUCAGUAAUCAAACCAAAAAAAAAAAAAAAGGGGAAAUAUCUCAAAUCUCCUUCAGAUUUGGAUCGCAUUACAUUAAGAGAUGGAUAACUCGGAAUCCGUGAGAGUCGCCGUUAAUAUUCGGCCGUUGAUUACCACAGAGCUUCUCAAUGGAUGUACGGAUUGCAUCACUGUCGUUCCCGGCGAACCUCAGGUUCACAUUGGAUCACAUGCUUUUACCUAUGAUUAUGUUUAUGGUGGAGCGGGAUCGCCUUCUUCAGCAAUUUUUGAUGAUUGCGUUGCUCCAUUGGUUGAUGCACUUUUUCAUGGUUAUAAUGCUACUGUACUUGCAUAUGGUCAGACGGGUUCUGGUAAAACUUAUACUAUGGGAACCAACUACACUGGAGAAGGAAGUAAUGGUGGGAUUAUACCCAAAGUAAUGGAAACUAUGUUUAAAAGAGUCGAGGCAACCAAGCACUCCACGGAAAUUUUGAUUAGAGUAUCAUUUAUUGAGAUAUUUAAAGAAGAAGUGUUCGAUUUACUUGACUCAAAUUCAGCUACUUUGUCUAAAGCUGAAGGGGCGCCUUUUUCCAAGCCUACAGCUCCUGGAAGACUUCCGAUACAAAUUAGAGAAACAGUGAACGGAGGAAUAACACUUGCUGGAGUGACUGAGGCAGAAGUUCGGACAAAAGAAGAGAUGGCAUCAUACUUGUCACGAGGUUCUUUAUCUCGUGCAACAGGAAGUACCAACAUGAAUAGUCAGUCAAGUCGCUCACAUGCCAUCUUUACAAUAACCCUGGAGCAAAAAAAGAUUGCUAGUUGCCCAAAUGGGGUAAAUGAUGAUAUUAGUGAUGACAUCUUAUGUGCAAAGCUUCAUUUAGUGGACCUUGCUGGCUCAGAACGUGCAAAAAGAACAGGCGCUGAUGGCAUGCGCUUUAAAGAAGGCAUUCAUAUCAAUAAAGGUUUACUAGCUCUAGGGAAUGUCAUUAGUGCCUUGGGUGAUGAGAAGAAGAGGAAAGAAGGGGGACAUGUCCCGUAUCGUGAUAGCAAGCUGACACGCUUGUUGCAGGAUUCACUUGGUGGAAAUAGCAAAACGGUGAUGAUUGCUUGUGUUAGUCCGGCUGAUACCAAUGCUGAAGAAACCCUAAAUACUUUGAAGUAUGCCAAUCGUGCUCGAAACAUUCAGAAUAAGGCAGUUAUAAACCGUGAUCCAAUGGCAGCUCAGUUGCAAAGAAUGCGGAGCCAAAUUGAGCAAUUGCAAGCUGAGCUUUUGUUUUAUCGUGGUGAUGGCCAAGCACCAUUUGAUGAACUUCAGAUUCUCAAGCACAAGGUAUCUUUACUUGAAGCUAGCAAUUCAGAGCUACAACGAGAGCUUCAAGAACGUAGGCUCACUAGUGAACAAUUAGCCCAGCGUGCACUUGAUGCUCAGGUUGAGAAAGACAAACUAAUAAUGCAAAUUGAAUCUGUUCGUAAUGGUAAAUCAUGGGAGGAAGUUGACUCUAAUCAGAAUCAGGAUCUUAAUUUAAUGAAAACUUAUGUGUUGAAAAUUCAAGAGUUAGAAGGAGAAUUGAUACGCUUGAAAAGCGUAAAUAGCUCAAAGCGUAGCCGGUUUUCUGACUGUGUCGAUUCCGAUGAUGAUGGAACCUCAAAAAAUUCAUUAUUUUCUUCUGAAAAUGGUUAUUUAUCUUCAGAUGAGAUUGAGGAUAAUCAAGCGGAACUUGAACAUACAUCCCUCCAAGAAAAAUUGGACAAAGAACUUAAGGAGUUGGACAAAAGACUUGAACAGAAAGAGGCUGAAAUGAAGCGUUUUGCAAAUUCUGACACCUCAGUUCUUAAACAACAUUAUGAGAAGAAAGUUAAUGAGUUGGAACAAGAGAAAAGGGCUUUGCAGAGAGAAAUUGAGGACCUCAGACACAAUCUUGCCGAUAUUUCUUCUACUUCUGAUGAUGGUGCUCAAAAGUUAAAGGAAGAAUACCUUCAGAAGUUGACUGCCCUUGAGGCACAGGUUGCCGAGUUGAAGAGGAAGCAAGAUGCACAAGCUCAACUUUUAAGACAGAAACAAAAAAGUGAUGAAGCAGCAAGGAGACUUCAGGAUGAGAUUCACAGAAUCAAAUCUCAGAAGGUUCAAUUACAACAUAAGAUCAAGCAAGAAUCUGAGCAGUUCAGGUUAUGGAAGCAAUCACGAGAGAAAGAGGUUCUUCAGCUUAAGAAAGAGGGAAGGAGAAAUGAGUAUGAGAUGCACAAGCUCUUAGCUUUGAACCAGAGGCAAAAGAUGGUUUUGCAAAGAAAGAGUGAAGAAGCUGCUAUGGCUACAAAAAGGCUAAAGGAGCUUCUAGAAUCUCGAAAGACUUCCUCACGUGAAGCUUCCAGUGCUGGAAAUGGCAAUGGUCCUGGAAUUCAGGCAAUAAUGCAGACAAUUGAGCAUGAACUUGAGGUGACAGUGCGUGUACAUGAAGUACGUUCCGAGUAUGAAAGACAAAUGGAAGAGAGGGGGAAGAUGGCCAAGGAGGUUGCAAGACUGAAGGAAGAAACUGAGAUACUUAGGCGUGGUGAUUUAAGAGAUCACCCCGAGACAAUGUCUCCUGGUGCAAGAAACUCAAGGAUUUUCGCUCUAGAAAACAUGCUUGCUGCUACGUCUAGCACUUUGGUCUCUAUGGCCUCACAACUAUCCGAAGCUGAAGAGCGUGAACGUGUUUUUAGUGGAAGAGGGCGUUGGAAUCAUGUCCGCUCUCUUGCUGAUGCAAAAAAUAUUAUGAAUUAUCUAUUCAAUUUAGCAUCAACCUCAAGGUGCUCAUUGCGAGAUAAGGAAGUUAAUUGCAGAGAAAAGGACGCUGAAAUAAGAGAUCUAAAGGAAAAGGUGGUGAAACUAAGUAGUUUGGCUAGACAACUGGAGGUACAAAAAGCCGAUCUUGUUCAUCAACUGAAAGUGAUGCAGAAUGUAACCGCUAAGCAUUCCAUGAAAGGAAGCAUGGAUUAUUCUGGCAUCCCUGACUUCAAUGGCGGAAGACAUAAGUAUGAGUUGCGAAAGCCGGAAUAUCGAAGCUCUAUGAUCUUCACAGAGGACAUGGAUAUAUCUGAAUCUGAACAUUCAGAUAUAGAUGCACUUGAUGAUGACGAUGAUGACGACUGGGUGCAGUCGGACAAAAAGCAAAUAAGGAGACGAGCUUCUAAAUCUAGGACUUCGAGUUUGGGAGUUCAUCAACCAGAUACCAAUGGCUCAGAAAACAAUAAGGGAUGUACUGAUGAGGUUAUUGAGAAAAAUGAUGGGAUAUGCUGCACUUGCAGCCACAAGUCUUCAUGCAAAACAUCGAAAUGCCAAUGUAGAGCAAAUGGAAGUUCUUGUGGACAGUCAUGCGGUUGUACAUCAAUCAAAUGUUCCAAUAGAGAAGCAGAAGCAAACAGUGCAAAUGAUGCUGGAACUAACGAAGCGAACAACCUCGUUGCUCAAGGCGCUAUGCUGCUCCAGAAUGCAUUCGGGAGUGAGAAAACAGCUGAAACAAAUGAUGACUUCACUACAAAGCGGAAAGCACUUUCUGAUAUUGGAAACACAAUGCCUAAACCCGAUGUACCGAAGCCUAAUCGGAGGAAAAAAUGGGGGAAAUCAAUGAUUCAGCUGGUUCCUGUUGCUCCACCAGCUUCGGAGCCAGAGAAUGUUGCAGCAGCUGAUAAUCCAGAAAAAAUUGAACCUCCCAAAGAACCAGACAAUUCGUGUCCAAGUGAAUCAGAUACCAUUCCAUUGAAGUUACCAAGAGCAAUGCGAUCAAAUGGCAGCAAAUUACUGAGAGAAAGAAAUGCUGAGGAUGAAUCCACCAACACCACCAAGGAACCACCUGCCCUUGUUCCUACCAGUCCUGUUAGACCAACAAGAACCUCGGAAGAGAAAGAGAACUGCCGCCGUUAAAAAAGUAUUCACCACUACACUGUCAUUAACUGGCUUUGUGAAUUUGCGAUGCAUAUCAUUUCCAUGAAAAUGCAUUUAUUUUGUUUCUUGUUGGAAUUUUUUAUUAUUUUGGGGUUCAAUUCUUAUGGUCCGUGUACAAGAAAGGAUCCAACGUGUAAAGUUGGAAUCCUUGAAAUGUGUUGAUUAAUUUGACGUUGUUCACAGUUAAAAAAGACAGAUGAAAUUGCUGAGGAGUUAAAAUCUUGAUUGCGAAAUAA